AUGUGACCCCCUGGGUCGGUAGCCCAGCCACCGCCCUCACCUGAAGUCCAUCCGUCCGCGUCCUGUGAUCCGCUCGGCAUGUGUCCGCUGCGAAGUCUCCUCCUUGUGGCCAGCCUCACCCUGCUGGUCCACCUCAGCUUGGCCAGGAGCCUCUCUAAGGCUUUACCAGGCCCUGGGACGUUUGAGUGCCUCAACCACUCCCAAAACCUGCUGAGGGCUGUCAGCCACACGCUUGAGAAGGCCAGACAAACCUUAGAAUUUUACUCCUGCACUUCUGAAGAGAUUGAUCAUGAAGAUAUCACAAAAGAUAAAACCAGCACAGUGAAGGCCUGUUUACCUCUGGAAUUAACCAUGAAUGAAACAUUGCUCAGUCCGGCACCAUCUUCUUUUCUCCAGAACGGGAGUUGCCUGGCUUCCCAUGAGACCUCUUUCAUAACCACUCUGUGCCUUAAUAGUAUCUAUGAGGACCUGAAGAUAUACCAGCUGGAGUUUAAGGCUAUGAAUGCAAAGCUUUUAAUGGACCCCAAGAGACAGAUAUUUCUGGAUCAAAACAUGCUGGCAGCUAUUGAUGAGCUGAUGCAGGCCCUGAAUUUCAACACUGAGACUGUGCCACAAAAACCGUCCCUUGAAGAGCCGGAUUUUUAUAAAACUAAAAUCAAGCUUUGCAUCCUUCUUCAUGCUUUCCGAAUUCGUGCAGUGACUAUCGAUAGAAUGAUGAACUAUCUGAGUUCUUCCUAA